AUGUCCCCUCCUCAAAUCCCUCACAUCUCUUCUCAAAUCCCCCCUCAGAUCCCUACUCAAAUCCCUGCUCAAAUUUCUCCUUCUAAUCCCCGCAAACGCCGUUCCUCUCCCCAGUCGAACUCCGCGACAACCAUGGCGAUGUCGAUGUCCACUACAACCUCGGGGGAAACCGUGCAUGACCGUGGGGGUGGAGUGCCUGAGGCUACCCCUCGGAAGAAGGGCAGGACUAAUACACCAUGGACGGCCGAGGAGGAACAGCGACUGAAGACGAUGCGCGAUGCCGGCCGUAGCUGGAGUGAAAUUGCUAAGACUUUUCCUACUCGAACUGAGGGGAGUGUUAAGAAGCACUGGUAUAAGGACAUGCAUUAUGCCGAAUUUGCAGAAGAUGAGACCAUAGCACUCCGUGAAGCCAUCAAAGAGUAUGAGUCCAACAAAUGGAAAGUUAUUGGACAGAAGGUUGGGAAACCGGCAAAGGCAUGCGAACAAUACGCGAAGGAACACUUUAAGGACCUCUAG